CCCUCCCUCCUUCCCUCCCUCCCUCCUUGGAGGCGGCGGCGACGGCGGCAGCUGCUUCUCCCGCCGCAGAGCGGCCCCUGCGCCAGGCGCGCCGUGCCAGCCGGACGGACGCAGCACGAGGCGCCUGCCCGCUGCCCGCUCCCUCCCUCGCCCAGCGUCUUCCAAGGGACCGCCGCGGCCGGCUCGGGGGGCCCCGCCAGCCAGCCCCCCAAAAGAACAUCUCCGCCAUGAGCCGCAGAGUGGUGCGUCAGAGCAAAUUCCGGCAUGUCUUUGGGCAGCCGGUCAAGGCGGACCAGAUGUAUGAAGACAUCCGGGUGUCCAAAGUGACGUGGGACAGCUCCUUCUGCGCCGUCAACCCCAAGUUCCUGGCCAUCAUUGUCGAGUCCGGAGGCGGAGGCGCCUUUAUGGUGAUCCCUCUGGCCAAGUCCGGACGUGUGGACAAGAACUUUCCCUUGGUGACCGGGCAUACGGCCCCCGUGCUGGACAUUGACUGGUGCCCCCACAACGACAACGUCAUCGCGAGUGCGUCUGAGGACACGACGGUCAUGGUCUGGCAGAUCCCAGAUUACGUGCCGAUGCGCAACAUGACAGAGCCCAUUGUCACACUGGAAGGGCAUUCCAAGCGUGUGGGCAUCCUUACCUGGCAUCCGACGGCACGCAACAUCCUACUCAGUGCAGGGGGAGACAGCGUGAUCAUCCUCUGGAACGUGGGCACGGGGGAGGCCCUCCUGACAUUGGAUGACCUGCACACUGACCUCAUCUACAACGUCUGUUGGAAUCGCAGUGGCAGCCUCUUCGUCACCACCUGCAAGGACAAACACUUGCGCAUCAUAGACCCUCGGCAGCACCUCGUGGUGGCCGAGAGGUUUGCUCCUCACGAAGGGAUGAGGCCCAUGCGGGCCGUCUUCACCCGCGACGGACUUGUCUUCACCACGGGCUUCACGCGCAUGAGCCAGCGGGAGCUGGGCUUGUGGGAUCCGAAGAACAUGGAGGAACCCAUCGCCCUCCAGGAAAUGGACACCAGCAAUGGGGUUCUCCUGCCCUUCUACGACCCCGAUUCCAGCAUAGUCUAUCUGUGUGGCAAGGGGGACAGCAGCAUUCGGUAUUUUGAGAUCACGGAUGAAGCCCCCUACGUCCAUUACCUGAGCACCUACAGCAGCAAAGAACCCCAGCGAGGCAUGGGCUUCAUGCCGAAGAGGGGGCUGGAUGUCAGCAAGUGUGAAAUUGCAAGGUUUUACAAGCUGCAUGAACGCAAAUGUGAGCCCAUUGUUAUGACUGUGCCACGAAAAUCCGACCUCUUCCAAGACGACCUGUAUCCUGACACGCCGGGUCCCGAGCCAGCGCUAGAGGCGGACGAAUGGCUGUCAGGCAAGGAGGCAGAGCCCAUCCUGAUCUCGCUGCGUGACGGCUACGUCCCUGUCAAAAACCGGGAGCUCAAAGUCACCAAGAAAAACAUCCUAGACAGUAGGCCCCCCACAGGGCCACGCCGGAGCCAGUCCACUUGUGACACCAAUUUUUCUAACUCUGCCCUGGGGGAGCUGCUGGAGGAAAUCCGCUCCUUGCGGCAAACAGUCCAGACCCACGAGAAGCGAAUCUCCGACCUGGAAAACAAACUCUGCCAGUUCACAAACGGAACGGACUAGAGCCCUCCGGCAGCACAUGGCACGCCCCCCUCUGGAGACCCAGGUUCUGCCACCCCUGCAUCUUCCUCCAGGCGUCUCGAAGGCUUUCUUUAUCCAUGGCACAACGGACACUUGUAGGGACCCCUGCUGGGAAUGGCCCUUGAGGGGGUCAUUUUUCUCUCUGCCCAGAAAAUGAAGACACCCCCCUCCCCACCCUCCUUCUUGGCUUGGAAUCUGUCUUGGGUUCUUCGCACAAGCUGGGUCUUGCAGGAGAGAGGACGCAGGCCAUCUUUGGGACACCUGCUCUCGGGUGUGUGUGUGGGGGGGGGACAGCCUGCUCCAGCCCCUCAAGAGGCCAGCCAGGGGCCCAGUCCCCCAUGGAUAGGGGGCAGGUCAGCCUGCUAGCCCUCUCUAACCCGUUCUUUCUCUUCCCGGCACCGGAAACGGGUUGGGGAGGGGGGUUCAUGCCAUGCAUUUGUGUGAGUUUUGAGGUGCAGUGAUGGGGACAAGUUGAAGCUGUAGAUCCUAUGGCAUUUGUAUUUGAACUGAAUUACGUUUGAAAGUGGGGGGGAGGAUGGGAGAGGGCGACGGGAUCCAGGCCCUGCAGGCAGGGACUCAUUGGCCAGGGGCGAGAGGAGCAGGCCAGCUAUGCGGACGGGGAGGGUGUUACAGGUGGGCACAGGAACGUUUGUUGGAUCUCUGAUGGCCUGUUGGGUUGUAGAAUAUCCACGGGCGCUCCUGUGCGCUGUCACUUGUUGGAGGGUGUGUGCCCCACACGUGCACGGGGUGGGAGGCUGUCUGUAGGGAAGGGGGCUAGGUGUUCUCGCCCUCACCAUGGCCACAGGAGUGCACGCAUGGAAUGGAAACCCAUGGCUUGCAAAUCUGGGCCAAAGAGGGGGCCCCCUCCCAUCCCAAUGCUUGCAUUGCCAGGUUGUCACCUCUCUGGUGCUGGGGAAGAUGGGAAGGCGGGCUGGAGCUCAUUUGCAUUUGCUGAUUAAAUAUACGUGCAUUUAAAAAAAAAUGGCUCG